CGCUUGGCUUCGGCGUCGGCGUCGCUCCCCGGCUGGGGCAGUAGGCCGGCCUCUCUCCGCGGUCCGUGGGUAAAGUGACGGCGGCGGAGGGCCGCCAGCCGCGCGGCGUUGGCUGUGGCGUUGGGGUCGUUGUGUCGUGACAGCGACGCCGGUAGUCGUUUCCGCGACAGCGGGUGUGGCCGCCUUAGCCCUGAACGGGCUCCACGGCUGUCUGGCGGGUCUCUGCUAGCGCCCGACCUUCUCUUCCCGGACCCCACGCCAGCAGCGACCCUGAGCCGACACCCGGAAAGACCGGCAAUGGCGGCCUCGACGGCCUCGCACCGGCCCAUCAAGGGGAUCCUGAAGAACAAGACGUCUGCGACUUCCUCGGUGGUGGCCUCGGCGGAGCAGCCCCACCGGAGCGUUGAAGAGGAGCUGAGUAAAAAAUCCCAGAAGUGGGAUGAAAUGAACAUCUUGGCAACAUAUCAUCCAGCAGACAAAGACUAUGGUUUAAUGAAAAUAGACGAACCAAGCACUCCUUACCAUAGUAUGAUAGGUGAUGAUGAAGAUGCAUACAGUGAUCCAGAAACCACUGAAGCCAUGACUCCAGAUGUCUUAGCUAAGAAAUUAUCUGCUGCUGAAGGCUCAGAACCAAAGUAUCGGAUUCGGGAACAAGAAAGCAGUGGAGAAGAGGAUAAUGACCUCACACCUGAAGAACGAGAAAAAAAACGACAAUUUGAAAUGAAGAGGAAGCUUCACUACAAUGAAGGACUGAAUAUUAAAUUAGCUAGACAACUAAUUUCAAAAGAUCUACAUGAUGAUGAAGAUGAAGAAAUGUUAGAGACUGCAGAUGGAGAAAGCAUGAAUAUUGAAGAAUCAAAUCAAGGAUCUACUACAAGUGACCAACAGCAAAACAAAUCACAAAGUUCAUAGAAGAGAUUUGUUCAACGUUGCAGUUGUUUGUCAAAUACAAACCCUGUUACUAUAAUACACUGCUUCUUGUUCUCCACAAUUCAUGACUUAAGUACCAAAAUGCAUACCAGUUAUUAUAUAUUGCCAAGAAUUAAAUGAUAACCUUAGAGACUGAUUAGACUGAAAAUGCCUAAUUAAUGCAUAUAUUCUUGUGCCUCGUACUUCACCACAAAUACAGUGUAAUGUCAUCAGUUCAAAACUGCUUUACUUUUGUAAGAACACUGGUUAAUUUGUAUAAGAUAUUAUAUAGCUUUUUAUGCUUUAGAGGUUAAACAACGUCUUGGGGGGAGGGGAACUAAUUUAUUUUCAUCACUUCUAGAUGUGAUACCUCUUAUAAAAAGUUUGUUGAGUUUUUUGUUUAUUUUUAUCAAAAGUUGAUUGGAACAAAAAGAUAUAUAGGCUGAUAUAUAUUCAGGCUGAAAGAUAUUUUAACAAUUGUCUUCAACUUGAUUUUUCUGUUGAGAAAGGAUUAUAAGUGUUACUGUUGCAUAUUCCAGCCUACUAUCUUUAAAAUGAAUGUUGAGUUUCUUUGUGUUUACAAGGAAAAGAUUGAAAUUUUUCUCUUCAGAACUAGCUUUUUUUGACAAAUAAACUAUCAGGUAAACUUGCACUAAUGUCUGCUCUGUUUGCUUUGGUACACUGAGCAGACUGGAUCAGUUUUUUUCAAUAAAUAUAAUUGUAGCCAUCAGUAUUCCCUUUCUAUACCUGUCUUAACCUCCUGCUUUUGUUUUCUAUUCCUUUCUACACAUAUGCAUAUGAUUGUAAGGAUUGUUGUUAUUAAGGAUCACAGAGUUACUACAAUAAUGAAAUUCUCAUUUUGGCCAUUAGUGCUUCUAGUUCUGAUAAAUGAAGAAAAUCACGUGAGUAGCAGCAUUAUAGGCAGGAAAUAAAAUUCAGUUGCUCAGUUUCUACACCUCUCUUAUUUACAGUGUGAUAAUUAAAUUGCUGUUGUUAGUUCAUUUGACUUAAUUAGACCUUAGAAAACAGUUGAGGCUUUUUUGCAUGUUGAGAGAAUUGUAUGUAACCAGUGAUUUAAUUGUUCCUGAAUGUACAGACAGAAUUAAGCCUGAACAUUUUUUAUUUAAAAAUUUUUAAAUAGUCCCUGAUUUAAGGGAAUAUGAUAAUGUAUACUAUGACAAAUGUACUUUAUUCUUCUAACAGUAGGAAUUAUUUGGAUUUUUUUCCUGAAAUGAAGUGUAGUUCCUGUGUAUCUUGGUUUAGUGAUGGUUUCCUUUCUAGUCAAUUAUUUGUAUCUUAAUUUUUUGUUAGUACCAAAAGAAUCCAUUAUAUGAACAGACUUUUAAAACAAUUUCUGUAUAUUAUAUAUAUGAAAUGGCUUUUAUUGAACAGCUAGCUUAUCUUCCACUUGCAAGUUUAUGGAAAUAUCAGUAUGUGGAAAUUAAUAAAAAGUGGGAAGAUUCUUUGC